AUGAGACCUGUUCUUCAACUUGAACGACCAAAUUUUGGCUUUGACCAUCACCGAGAUAUCAUGUCUGCGAGAAUACAAGAUAUGGAAGAUAUCGAAAGCGACCACAUUCCGACAAGAGAUCUCGCUCGCAUCUCGCAACGCCGUCAUGGUGUCCCAGCUGUGCAGAAUGCUCCCGGUGAUAUUGGACAGACUAUAUUGGAACACUAUGGCCAAAUGCCAUUGGGCAAUUCGCUUCCAAUUCCACCGCGUCCUCCAACGCCAUCGCCCGGGCCGAGACCUGGACCUCUGCCUCCGCGCCCAGGACCGACACCGCCGCCAAGUCCUUAA